GAGCGCCAUCGGAGCAAGAGCCCUCCGCGCUCAGCUUCGCCGCCUGCAAGGAGAUCGGGGACGAGGGCGGCAAGUUCGAGGCCGCAGCCGCCGUCUUCCUUUCCACCGGUUGCGGCGAGGCGCAGUGCGAGGAGGUCGCCGACCUCGGCGGCGCCGCGUCCAGCAGCGCGUUCCAGGAGUGCGGGUCCCCAGCCAAGGUCUACCUCGCGGAAGUCAGCGUCGUGGCGGAGGGCUCGAUCAUCCAAGGGUUCCAGGUUCAGAGGGCGGAGCCCUCCAUCACGGAUGCGCUCGUGGAGGCCGUCGCAUGCGAGGCCAAGGGGGCGCUUCCCCGCGCGUUCGAUAACGAGGGUGAGCAGGUGCAGGUCCCCCUCGAGGCCGCCAGGAGAGUGGCGGACUCCUGUGGGGGGCCACGCAAUUCCACCGCGUCGUCGGAGUGCCUCCAGGAUUUCGGCGAGUUCAAGCAGGUAAUUGCCACCCUCAUCGGCUGCGCCGACGCAGAACAUGCAGCGGAAGAUGCAGCGCCAG